AUGGGCAUCCAGCACCUCCUGCUGCUCCUGAUCUACCUGGACCCGCUGUGCGCGAGCAAGAAACACGGGAAACACGCGCCGCGGCGCACCGCCAAAGCCAAGGAGCUCAAUGGCACCGCCACCGUGGCCGCCCCGACCGCGCGCGCUCCCGUCCCGCGGGUCCGCGCGCCCUCCCCGGUCGGAGGAGACCACGACACGUGCCUGGGUUAUUACGACGUGAGCGGCCAGUACGACAAGGAGUUCGCGUGCAACAACACGGACCACCGGUACUGCUGCGGCAGCUGCUUCCUGCGCUUCUGCUGCCCGGUGCGCGCCAAGAGGCUCGAACAGCGCGCGUGCACAAACUACAACACGCCCGACUGGGUGAAGACGCAGCCACCGUCGCCCGCGCCGACCGCUGACGCCUACGACCCUGCGCUGGACCGCACCAACACCACCGUGUACAUCACGUGCGGCGCCAUCGCGCUCGUGCUGCUGCUCGGCAUCGCCGCCAAGGUGGCGUACGACAAGGCCACGCGCCCGCCGCAGGAGAUGAACGUGCACAGGGCUCUAGCGGACAUCCUCAGGCAGCAGGGUUCUGUCCCUGCCUCACAUUAUGAGCAGGAGAACAUGGCUACUAUUGAUGGUUCACCGAAAGACAGCACACCUAUACGCAGCAACAAGAACCACUACACACCUGUACACAACAAAAACAACCAUGGGCAUCAUGGGAAGGAUAAUUUCCGCAGUGCUCAGGACAUGCACAACUUCAUCUCCUCCGGGUUUGUCACGCUCGGCAGAGGACAGCUGAAAGCUCAACAUUCCGUGGAUGAUCUGGGGUGGCAAGGAGACCUGGACAUCCCUCUGUCAUAUGGGAACCAUCAUCAUGACUACACGAGCCAUGUCGACCUCACUGGAUCUCACACACCUAAAAUCGGACACAGAAUAGAGCGCUACGAUAAGCCUCGCAUGAACAACAUCCUGACAUCACAGACAGAGCCGUACGAUCUGUCGUUCUCUCGUUCCUACCAGAACCUCACUCACCUCCUGCCUUCGUACGACAUGCCGCUGAAAGGCGACCACGGUGAGGACGACUAUUACGGGAGGAAGUUCCACCUACCUGAUGUGACCCCGAAGCUGGUGAAGUUGGCUCCGGAGACACCAGAGCACCGAGUGAGGCCACGUCGUGUGCAACGUGCAAUGUCUCAGGACCAUGUCCUCUCACCUGUCGUCUCGCGCCGUGACUAUGUUGCACCCGCAUACACAUUUUCGCAGGAUAUGCUCUCGGCCGAUCGCUUGCAAUCCCGGGAUCCUUUGCUCUCACCGGACAAGCUGCUCUCGCUGCGGCGAGCCGAUUUCCGUGAGAAGACGAUGGCUCGUGCACUCUCGCACACGGACAUCUUCGUGCCUCCCACGCCCACCAUCGAGCGACACCACAGGAUAGCGAAGGCGCACUCACACUCGCAGCAGAGCGAUGGUGCCGGCGACGACGGGUACAGGGGGAACGAUGGGCUGCUGAGCGUCAGUGGCAACAAAAGGCAGGCGUUCGCCUCAAGACGGACACACACAGUCGACCACUUGCAGUACAUACCUGGACAUCACCAUCAUCAGUACCGCACGGCCAGCAAGAAUGAAGUGACAGUGUGA